GGCGGGGGCGGCGGGAUGGGGCUGCUGCUCAUGAUCCUGGCGUCGGCCGUGCUGGGCUCGUUCCUCACGCUGCUCGCACAGUUCCUGCUGCUCUACCGCAGACAGCCCGAGCCGCGGGCGGACGAGGCGGCCCGCGCGGGCGACGGCUUCCGCUACCUCAAGCCGGUGCCGGGCCUGUCCCUCAGGGAGUACCUCUAUGGCGGCGGCGGCGGCGAGGAGCCCGCGGCCGCGUCCUCCGAGGCGGCCCCGGCCCCCGACAGCCCGGCCCCGCCGACGCGGGAGACCUGCUACUUCCUCAACGCCACCAUCCUGUUCCUGUUCCGGGAGCUGCGGGACACGGCGCUCGCCCGCCGCUGGGUCACCAAGAAGAUCAAGGUGGAGUUCGAGGAGCUGCUGCAGACCAAGACGGCCGGCCGCCUGCUGGAGGGGCUGAGCCUGCGCGACGUGUUCCUGGGCGACACGGUCCCCUUCAUCAAGACCAUCCGACUGGUGCGGCCCGUGGCGGCCCCGGGCACCGGCGAGCCCGACGGCGCCGACGGCGACGCGCCGCCCGCCACCUGCCCCGAGGAGCUGGCCUUCGAGGCGGAGGUGGAGUACAACGGCGGCUUCCACCUGGCCAUCGACGUGGACCUGGUGUUCGGCAAGUCUGCCUACCUGUUCGUCAAGCUGUCGCGCGUGGUGGGGAGGCUCCGCUUCGUCCUCACCCGCGUGCCCUUCACCCACUGGUUCUUCUCCUUCGUGGAGGACCCGCUGAUCGACUUCGAGGUGCGCUCCCAGUUCGAGGGGCGGCCCUUGCCCCAGCUCACCUCCAUCAUCGUCAACCAGCUCAAGAAGAUCAUCAAGCGCAAGCACACCCUGCCCAGUUACAAGAUCAGGUUUAAGCCGUUUUUUCCAUACCAAGCCUUGCAAGGAUUUGAAGAAGAUGAAGAACUUAUCCAUAUCCAACAGUGGGCACUUACUGAAGGCCGGCUGAAAGUUACAUUGUUAGAAUGUAGCAGGUUACUCAUUUUUGGAUCCUAUGACAGAGAAGCAAAUGUUCAUUGCACACUUGAGUUGAGCAGUGGUGUUUGGGAAGAAAAACAAAGGAGUUCUAUUAAGACGGUUGAAUUAAUAAAAGGGAAUUUACAAAGUGUUGGACUUACACUUCGUCUUGUUCAGUCAACUGAUGGGUAUGCUGGGCAUGUCAUAAUUGAAACCGUGGCCCCAAACUCACCUGCUGCAAUUGCAGAUCUUCAGCGAGGAGAUCGGCUCAUUGCUAUUGGAGGUGUGAAAAUCACAUCAACACUGCAAGUGCUAAAGCUCAUCAAGCAAGCUGGUGACCGAGUCCUGGUGUACUACCAAAGACCUGUUGGGCAGAGUAACCAAGGGGCGGUACUACCACAAGACAGUUUGGGCCAGUUGGAAGAAAACUUUUUGUCAAGCUCCUGCCAACCAGGUUAUGAAGAGGAAGCUGCUGGGUUGCCAGUAGAUACUGAAAAUAGAGACCUUGAUUCUGAAUUUGAAGACUUGGCAAGUGAUGUCAGAGUACAAACAGAGCUCAAAGAGGAGGCACAACCAUUAAGUCACAGUCCCAAACGCACUCCAACAACACUUUCUAUUAAACCCCUUGGCGCUAUAUCCCCAGUUUUAAAUCGUAAAUUAGUUUCAGGAAUCCAUCCACCACCACAAAAACUUCCAUCUAAAGAAGGAAAUAAACCAUCGGCUCUAAAAACUUCAGAGGCCACAGAAGCAGCACCAGUGUCCAAACCCCAAGGACCCGCUUUCAAACCCCCUGUGCCACCACGGCCACAAGUGAAAAUUCCUUUGCCUUCCACUGACACCCCAACUCAGGCAGACCCGGACGCUGUUGAAAAACCAGAGAAGGUGCUGCUCCCUCCUCCUCCUGCAGAGAAACCUGCUGAAAAGCAAGUGAAGAAUGUGGAUCACGGAGAAGAUGUGGCAGCAAGUAAGCAAUCUUCAGCAAAGCAAGAAGUAGUGAAAGAUCUUACUUCAGAAAGUUCUGGUCCUCCUAAGGAUACUUCAGAUGACCAUCAAAUGUGGGAAUCAUCAGAGGUUCUUUAUCGUAAUAAGGUAGGAAAGUGGUCAAGAACCAGAGCAUCCUGUUUGUUUGACAUAGAAGCCUGCCACAGGUACCUGAACAUUGCACUGUGGUGCAGGGAUCCUUUCAAGUUAGGAGGCCUCAUCUGUUUAGGGCAUGUUAGUUUAAAACUUGAAGAGGUGGCCUUAGGAUGCCUAGCUACAUCAAACAUGGAAUACCUUUCAAAGUUCAGACUAGAAGCCCCUGAUCCCAAGGCCAUGGUCACUAGAACUGCUCUCCGCAAUCUGAGUAUGCAAAAGGGCUUCAACGACAAAUUUUGUUUUGGUGACAUUACUAUUCAUUUCAAAUAUUUGAAGGAAGGAGAACCAGACCACCACAUAGUUCCUAAUGUAGAGAAAGAAAAAGAACUCCAUUUGGUUGAGGAAGUUUCUACACUCCCCAAAGAGGAGCAUUUUGUGGGACAGAUGAGUUUGUCAGAAAAUAAACAUAGUUUCCAAGAUACUCAGUUCCAAAACCCAACUUGGUGUGAUUACUGUAAGAAAAAAGUUUGGACAAAAGCUGCUUCCCAGUGUAUGUUCUGUGCUUAUGUUUGUCAUAAAAAAUGUCAAGAAAAGUGUCUAGCUGAGACACCUCUUUGUGGAGCAACUGAGAGGAGACUAGACCGGACCCUGAAAAACCUCAGGCUGGAAGGACAGGAACCACUUGUGGGCCUUCCUCCUCGUGUUGAGAUGGAAGCCAACAAGUCAGUCCAUAAAACAACAGGUUUGACAAGGCACAUUAUUAAUACUAGCUCACGUUUACUAAAUUUGCGUCAAGUCUCUAAAACUCGCCUUUCUGAACCAGGAACAGAUCUUGUGGAACCAUCACCAAAGCACACACCCAACACAUCAGACAAUGAAGGCAGCGACACAGAGGUGUGUGGUCCAAACAGUCCUUCCAGACGAGGACACAGUGCAGGAAUCAAGUUAGUGAGGAAGGAAGGUGGGCUGGAUGACAGUGUCUUCAUUGCAGUUAAAGAGAUCGGCCGUGAUCUGUACAGGGGCUUGCCCACGGAAGAAAGGAUCCAAAAGCUAGAGUUCAUGCUGGAUAAACUGCAGAAUGAAAUUGAUCAGGAGUUGGAACACAAUAAUUCCCUUGUUAGAGAAGAAAAAGAAACAACUGAUACAAGGAAAAAAUCACUUCUUUCUGCUGCUUUGGCUAAAUCAGGUGAAAGACUACAAGCUCUGACACUUCUGAUGAUCCACUAUAGAGCAGGCAUUGAAGAUAUUGAAACCUUAGAAAGCCUGUCUUUAGACCAGCACUCAAAAAAAAUAAACAAGUACACAGAUGAUACAGAAGAAGACCUUGAUAGUGAAAUAAGCCAACUGAUAGACUCUCAGCCAUUCAGCAGCAUCUCGGAUGACUUGUUUGGCCCAUCUGAGUCUGUGUAACAGACAAACUAUUUAAACUUUCAAGUGGUUGGGGACAAAAUGCGCCUGGAGUGCCACGGGUACAGCCAUGUUUCAGUUCUCUCAUGGUGCACUUUGGCCUGCUUCUACAGUUAGUUGUAUAAGAAUGAAAAGUUGGUUUCCCAGCAGAAACAUAACAAGCUCACCAAAUUGGUUGUUUUAGGUUGUGUUUAUAGUUAAUGGUUUGGGGGUUUAUACUUGGAAUUGGGUUUUAUUAAUUUAUUUUUAACUUUUUCUAAUUAUGUAAGCUAACUUUGUGCUUAUGUGUGGGUGAUGUCUCACUGUCAUUUUUCUUUUCAUUUUUUUCCUGUUUUUUGAAUUAGUGUUAAGUAAGAUCCUGUCCAGAUUCCUGAAAUAUUUUCAUUCUCAUUUUCAUCACGGUUAUAACAGCAAAUUUGUUGCAUGCCUAAAUUGACAACAGUAAUCAUUGAAGGAACAGGUUUGAAUCUUCUUUCUUCUGUUUUGAGGUUUGUCAGCUGUACUUGCUUGAGGUUUUUGUUAUAUGGGGUUUGGGGGAUUUUUGUUUAAUUUUGUUGUUGUUGCCAAAUAUAAAUGAAAGCGGACCCUACAGCUUUAAAAUGUUAUGCUGAUUUAGUUUAUUUUUUUUAUAUAUAUAUUGCUUGUUUCUUAUGCUUCUGUGAUUUUUUUAAAGCUCUUACACAGUUGAAGUAUGGUAAAAUUAUAGUAAUUAGCUAGAAGAGGUUGCAUUGAAUAGAGGAUAAAUGCAGAAUCUAGUUGGUCAAGAAUUUUAUAGAGAGGAUAACAAGAUUUUAUUACUGAAGAACAGUAACCAGUAGGAUUUUGAAAUAUCUUCCAAAUAUUGAUGCUUUCCUUUUAAAUGGAAGUUAUGAACACUCAUGAUUUUUCAUCUUUGCUUCGCCCAUAGGUUAUUUAAAAUUAAAAAUUUUCAGACUUGUUCUGAAAAUGGCUGCAUUGAUAACUGGCUUUGUUUGAAAAAAAUCUAAUGUAGGAAUAUGAUAUGGUUGGCAGUUAUACAGAAUAUGUUUACUACAUCAUUUGGCAUCUUAUGGCCUUAAAGGAAUGUCAGUCAUUCUGAAUACUUUUGUAGUUCAGACCAUCUUCAUUCAUUGUAAAGAAAGAUAAAAAUAGACAGUAUACAUAGGACUUGGAACUAGUUCUCUAAAAAUGAAGGCCUGCUGUGGUACUGGGUUCAUCUAAUGGAUGCUGGUAACACACAACUUUGAGAGAACUAUAUGAGCUUGACCCUAUUGAUCUGCCUUUAACCUAUAGAAUAGGAAAGUGUUUUUCCCUUCUACAAUAACUACUAUGAUAACACAUAAACCAACUGAAUUUAAAACUAUGGAACAGCUCUUCGGCUGCAGGGAAAUUCAUAGUAUAAUAGUAAAGAAACUGGCCCAGUCUGUAUCCCAAAUUGCACCAGGAGUUUAAGGUCAAGCUCUUUAGUGAGCUCUGCAGCCAUAGGCAGGUAACAAAGGUCACACAACUUCUCCAUCUCCAAAGGUACUUACUCUACCUCAUGGGGCUGUUGUGAGAAAAACAGGAGCAUAAUUGCAAAAGUGCUUUGAACAGUAAAAAGCUGUAAAGAUAAAAGGUAUUACUUACAUGAGAAAAGCAUUGUUGAGUGUAGAAAGUUAUUCCAGUUUUAAACUCAGUAGCUAACUCUCAUUCCUGUUAUUAAGUGAAAUACUAGGACACUAGGACACAAACCUUUCUUUGCCAGAUUUAUAGAAAAGACUGUAUCUGUGUAACCCCCACCCCACCCCUGCUUUUUUUUUUACUGUUUAUUUAAGCAUGCUCACAAUUUAAAAGAACACAAUAGAAAACUUUCCACAACAAAUCCCAGAAGCUAAAAUGCUGUUUCACAUCUUAUGCUUGAAACAAUCUGCCUGAUGUAUAGCCAUGUUUCAUCUUGUAAACAAUAACUUGCCAUUGCUACCCUGAAGGUGAUGUGUCCAUAAGUGGCUGGUGUGUUUAUGGAUCAAACCAUGGAAGUUCUAGUGAUGCCCAAGCAUGCUCCUGCACUGAUUCAUUUGAAAGAGCUGUAGAAAUAAUGCAAAGCUUUAGUUCUAAGAAUCUACUCAUGCUUUAAAGUAUUUAUCUCUGUAGAACCACAAUCAUGGAAAGCUCAACAGUGCUGCUAAUUAUGUUUGUAAAAUAUACCUUUAAUGUAGUGCAAUAUUUUUCUACUGGGAGAGACAGUAGAGGCAUCACAAUUGUACUUUAGAGCAGGGAAGGAGGGAAAACUCCAAAUACCCAAUAGUAAGGGAUAAGGCUUCAGUUUAAAAGAUUGUAUUAUAUUACAUUACUCAUGUAAUCUUGCUGCCAUGCUAUGUUAUCAAUAGCUAAAAUAAUAAUAAAGACUACCAUGGAAAGUAAGAAUAUCUUCAUUUGAUGACAUCUAAAAACAAAGUGAUUGGUUCAUCUCUGUGGCAUUAUUGCCUGGUAUAAUUUGGCCAUGCAGACAAACUAACAACUCACUUUUACUAAACAAAUUUGCAAAAGCAUUCAAAUUUUUACUGUUGCUUCCUUACCUUUUGAAAUAGAUAUAUGGCUUUUUCUAAUGCUGUAUGGUAAUAAGUAGAUUAUUCUUAGUAAGACCUAUCUCAGGAAAGAAAAAAUUAGACUAUUUAAAGUGUAUUCUCUUCAUUGGUAUUUAGGUGAAUGACGGGGUUAGACAAAAUGAACAACAUUUUAGUAUUAUUUUGCAAUCACAAUAUGGUAUAUUUCUUUGUUAUUGAUUGUGUUGGUUUUUUGAGAUAGUCUCUCUCCAUAGGUCUGGCUCUCCUGGAACUCAACAAAGAUCUGCCUGUCUCUGACUCUGAGUGCUGGGAUUAAAAGCAUGCUCCACCACUUCCAGUUGUGCUAUAUUUCUUAGUAGCAAACUUCAUUCAAUAAUACUAGAACUUAUUUUGUAGAUAGUUUCUCAUUCUAAGAAAAACGAACAGCCUAAAACUUUGCGAGUAAAGUCUAUCUAAAGAAAUUUAAAAACAUUUGAACAUAUUUGGUUCUACUAGUAAGACAAUAGAGUUUAAAAUUUUAAGUUCUCUAAAGUAUAGUUGAAAUCACUUCAAUUUUUAAAAGAUGUAUUAUCAUAAGCUCUAAAUUGAGGUGAUAGUUUUCAUUAUCCCCCCAAAAAAGGGGGGAUUGCCUUCAUCCUUUUUGAUCCCUUGAUAUUCCUUGAGUUCUGAAUAAAGCAGCAAACCACCCUAAUCCUGGAAACUACCAUGUGUACAUCAUUCAAAAUAAUCCUAAUUUCUAGAUCUUCCAGAGCAAUUUGUCAUUGUUCUGUCAGGUGGCUAGGUAUUGCAGCUCUCUUCAUCAGAUAAUUAUCUGUUCAUAGCAUUUAGAACAAUUUUUGAGUUAAAGUCCAGAGCAACUCACUGUUUUCCCACACUGAUAGGAUAUAACAAGUCAUAUGUUUCAUUUAAAGCAAACAGUGGAAAGCCAAAGAGGAUGGUUUACCUAGCCUGGAGUAACUUUUGCCUGAUGCCUGCAAACACAGAGAAUGCUUUUUAAUUAAAUAUCUAUAGCCAAAACAACGUCUAUGUAUUUUAUCCCAACAAUAAUAUUGGUGAAAUGUUUUAUGAAAGAAUACAGGCAGGCACAGCACAGUGUUCAAGAAAGUUUAUUAAGUAAUGUAGCUAAAGUGCAACCAGACAGAUACACUUAGCAGUCAAAAGAAAGUUGAGUACCCAUUGCUACCUCACUAAGACUUUUGAGUCUUGAGUUACUAAGUACAAACAAGAGCCACCUCUACCCUUUAAAUACGUUCUUUUUCUGGUACAUGCACAGUAUGUUUUAAACACCCUAUUUUCAGGCUUGUGUACCCAAGAUAUUAGUCAUAUAAAUGUCUUCACUUUCCCCUUAGAAACAAGUUAUCUUUUGCUCUCCAAACAGUCCUAAAUUUUUUAUUUUAUCUUUUCCCUUGGAGUUGAGUAACUUGACGUGCCUUUGCUGGUCAUUCUUACUGAAAUGACAUCAGCAUCAAUUACUGUAUAUGGUAUUUUGGGCAAGGAAAACCACAAGCCCUCUCUAACCACAUUACUUCUAAAGCUGUCCUGGUGAAGUCUAAGUCCCGCCUUCUGAUUUUAGUCAUGUGAGAGUUCCUCUAAGGCCAUCUUUCAGAAUUGCAGACAUGUGUGACUGUCCAGUAGUUUAAUGAGUAGAAAGCCUGUUUCUCUCAAA